CUCACAGCUGCAGCAGGUGGGGACUCGGAUGUUGAUAUCAACAUGGCGCUUGUCAGACAGACAAAGACAGUCGGUCUGGUGUGAUUGAGCCAAAAAAAAAAAAAAACAACCCAAAAAAAAAAGAGAGGGAGCGGGCGAGGAGGAGGGAGCGGCAGGAGGAGCGCCGGGCGGGGAGGGGGCUGUGUCCUCGGGGGGCGUGGGGGGGCUGAGGGAUUUCCUCCCCCCUAUUGUUCUCGUCCCUCCGCGCCCCCCGUUAAUCUCCCCUCAAUCUGGGGCGGGGGCAGGCGGGGGGACCCCCCCAGUUCCGCCGGUCCAUGGUGAGGCGGAGGCGCCGGCAGCACCCAGAGAAUGGUGAAUAACACUGAAGACCCUCAAGAGGCUUUGUAACGUCCCAUCCUCAUGUAAAGUAUGCUCAGAACUUUUCCAGUAGUCCUGCUGGAAACCAUGUCUCACUACACAGACGAGCCAAGAUUCACCAUAGAGCAGAUCGACCUCCUGCAGCGCCUGAGACGCACGGGAAUGACCAGGCAUGAGAUCCUGCACGCCCUGGAAACCUUGGACCGUCUGGACCAAGAGCAUAGCGACAAAUUCGGGAGAAGGUCUGGCUACGGAGGCGGCUCCUACGGCAACAGCACCAACAACGUCCCGGCGUCUUCCUCGACGGCCACGGCUUCCACGCAGACGCAGCACUCCGGGAUGUCCCCGUCCCCGAGCAACAGUUACGACACCUCCCCACAGCCUUGCACUACGAAUCAGAACGGGAGGGAGAGUAACGAGAGGUUGUCUGCCUUCAAUGGGAAGAUGUCGCCCACCCGCUACCCCCUGGCCAACAGCCUGGCCCAGAGGUCCUACAGCUUUGAGGCUUCCGAGGAGGACUUGGACAUCGACGACAAAGUGGAGGAGCUGAUGAGGAGGGACAGCAGUGUGAUAAAGGAGGAAAUCAAAGCCUUCCUCGCCAACCGGAGAAUUUCCCAAGCAGUUGUUGCACAGGUAACAGGUAUCAGUCAGAGCCGGAUCUCCCAUUGGCUGUUGCAGCAGGGGUCGGACCUGAGUGAACAGAAGAAAAGGGCAUUUUACAGAUGGUACCAGCUUGAGAAGACAAAUCCUGGGGCUACACUAAGCAUGAGACCCGCUCCCAUCCCAAUAGAAGAGCCAGAAUGGAGACAGACGCCUCCCCCAGUCACAGCUACCUCUGGGACCUUCAGACUACGGCGAGGCAGUCGGUUCACGUGGAGAAAGGAGUGCCUGGCUGUUAUGGAGAGUUACUUCAAUGAGAAUCAAUAUCCCGACGAGGCAAAGAGAGAAGAAAUUGCCAAUGCCUGUAAUGCAGUUAUACAAAAACCAGGAAAAAAGUUGUCAGAUUUGGAGCGAGUUACCUCCCUCAAAGUGUACAACUGGUUUGCCAACAGGAGGAAGGAGAUCAAGAGAAGAGCCAAUAUCGCAGCAAUCCUGGAGAGCCAUGGAAUAGAUGUACAGAGUCCAGGAGGUCACUCCAACAGCGACGACGUGGACGGCAAUGACUACUCAGAGCAGGACACUUGGCAAGUACGCAACGGGGAGGAGGAGGGACGAUGUUCCGAGGGAGGCAGAGAAGCAGAGAAGGUAGAAGAAGACAGGAGGAUCUGCUCCAAACAAGAUGACAGCACUAGCCAUAGUGACCACCAAGACCCCAUUUCCUUAGCUGUGGAGAUGGCAGCAGUCAACCACACCAUCCUGGCGCUGGCCCGGCAAGGAGCCAACGAGAUCAAGACAGAGGCUCUGGACGACGACUGAUGCCAAGAAAGGGGAGGGUCAAAGCAAGAAGUAACUUAGUUUUAGACGUAGCACCUUAGCAGACUUUCCUCGGUCCUUAAUAUGUGUUCUUACAGUAUAACUUUGCAGUUUCUUGUACGUCAGUUAGCUGUUAGGGUCUUGUUCUGUGAAGAUGGCAUGGUGCCCUCAGCCUUUGCGUAUACUCUCUCAGUAUUAAUUCCCAAUAAAUAAUCAAUCAACCAACCAACCUCCCUCUCCCGGCCCCCAGUGGCUAGAAAGGUAAAAUCGAAAAAAAAAAAAAAAAAAAAAAAAAAAAAAAAGAAAAAAAAAAUCUUGCUGCUCUGUCUUAGCAUUCAAAGUGCUUCCAGGUAUUUUAGACAGCCCUCAAUUACAAGUCUUAGGCUACACUUAAAAUCUUGGAUAACCUUAGAGAUGGUGUUGAAACUGAUAGUCCGUAUGCUUUCCCUGCCCUGAGACUGAAAGGAUGCAAGCUGAGGUAGUGGCACAGGGUCGAUGGACACCAGACUGGGAGUAUCAACAGAGAGUAAAAAGAACACUUAGAAACCCCACUCCAGCAUGGGAAUAAAUGAUUUCCAGCUGCAAUAAGCCGUGCCUCACUGGUCAUACAGUGACUCCGUUUACUUUCGGGUGCUGUGCCGAGAAUGUCCAUUGGAAACACAUUCCCACAUUUCAGUUGAUGCUCACACAUUCAACACAGACAUCCUCUACUCUCACAAGCUGCGUGGCUUAGUGGAGAAGUGCUGCCUUCUGCCUCUGCGACCGUGGUUGAAGCCCAGCCUGGGAUCAAAUGAAAAAUGAGCUGAAUGUCUAAGGAACAACAGUCCGCUUCUCAGAACCACUGCUCGUUCUUGGCAUGGCUGGCAGUGCCUGCUCAGAAGAGGUCUAGACUCUUACCCAUCCGUCAUUAACAAUUUCACCUCUAAUUCCUCCUCUCUCACCUUUUCUGUCCCCACUCUACUCCCCUCUCCACUUUGCCACUUUCGAAAGCAAUGUUUUCCAGGAAGGUUGUUAAGGUCCUAAAAUGGGUGAGUGGAUUUUUACACGCCUGUGUAAGUAAUGCCUACGUCCUGACUAGCCUGAAAGGUUACUGGAGAAUUCGACAUCUGACCAUUGCUAGAUAACCAUCAGAGCAUAAAUAUUCUCCUAAAUAUGAACUUUUUUUGUUUGUUUGAAGGCAGGAGGAUCUCUUACCUGAGAAAUGGGGUGUGAAUGUUUUGUGUUCUCUUUACUCUGUCUUUGUUAAGGUGUGAGAAAGCUAUACUGCUACGAGCAAUUUAAUUAAUAAUUGGAAGCCAUACUGAUAAUGGAUGUGGUAAUAUUUGUAAAGCAAACCUACUCUAAGUAGCAGGAACUAAUGGAAUUGUUUUCCUUGAUCAUAUGUAGCACUUUUGUUACUUUUUUCUUAAAGAUAUUUAUAUUUGAUAAGUCUUUUUUUUAUCAUUUGAGAAUUCCAAAUACCAAACAGCAAACUUGCAUUACAGAGUCACCCUGCGAUCACCUUGUCAUCUAGUAUCUAAAUGAUGAACUGUGUGUGCAUCUAAGAAAAUUACAUCUGCUAGCAUUGUGUGGAAAUGAUCUCCUGGCAUCCUGAUAAAAUGAUAUGUUGCUGCCGGUAAGAGGAAACGUUUUGAUGGAAGCAGCACGAGAAGCGUUAGAGACGGGCAGGGCUGUGGUACAUUAACAGAGAACAAAUUAAAAACCUACGGAAAUUUUUGUAUAGAGACACGUAUAUAAAAGUUUGCAUAGCGUUUCCUCCACAUUCCGCUUUGUCUUCCCAGUUCGUGUGGGAAUAGCUUAAAGAGAGAAAAACAGCUCAAGGAUGGGUUUCCCUUUGCUCCCCUCCACUUUUGAGGUGGAGCUAAGGGAAAUUCCUGUUACUUGCCUUGUUCUCAUCCCUUCCUCCCUCUUAACCCUCAGAGAGCUUCGUGACCGCUCCAGCGUGGCUCCUCAGCAGGUUUUGAGCCAGGCUGAGCCCUCCAGAUCAGCUGCCCCUCUUCUGUCCAUGGGGAGCAAACUGCUCCCCCACGUGCCGAGGAGAUCCUGUGCUCUCAGAGGGCACCGCCGUGCCACCCCUUUGUCCCUGGAAGAUCUAUAGGUAGGGCUUGGCCUCGCCUCCCACUUAUGGAUUUCAUUGGAGAAUUUAUGUGCUUUCCUUAGUUACAGAUCACUGGAGCAGAAUGAAGCCGUGUUUUUUUCCUGUUUUAUUGCAUUUCUUGAGUAGGCAAAUUCAUAAGUAGCGUCAGGGUGGACUCAGGAAAGGCAGGACUUGGAUCAGUGACCAUUGCACCACUGCAGUUAUUUUCUUACUGCCUGUAUGAAUGUUUUGGUACUUAGGAGUGAAAGGAUGGGAAGAGCUUUUAUUUCUAUUUUUGCACAGCAGAAUGAUCGAGCAAACUCGGCCUUAGUGGAAUUUUACCUACUUACUCAUUCCACAAGCUCAGUCACACACUGAGCUGACAAGCAACAUCCACGAUUUAUAGUAAGGAGAUUUUAAUAAUCGAUGACCUCUUUACAUUGGGCUUGCCACCACCAUUUGUUCUGGCUGUUUCAUUUUAAGAAGAACAGACUCAAACUGUUGGACAGCUGCAAUUCUAGAAGAAAUAUUGCUUAUUGCUUACUAUAGUAUCUGUAAAAAAAACAAAGGCAUUGUUUGAGGCUUUGCCUUUUUAAAGCAACAGGGAAGAAUAAAAAUAGUAUUAGAACUUCUGUAUCCUGAUUAUAGGUUCAUGUGAUGCAGGAUCAAAGUAGCACCACUGAAAUUGUGUGUCUGUACCAUCUAAUGUAGAAUAAUCUGGUCUUAAUUCUGUUUGUCACUGUCAGGAAUCUGCUGACAUCCCACGUCAGUAUCUUCUCUGAAGGUUAAACAGGUAAAAAAACCCUUGUGAGCAACUGGAGAUUGGCAGAUCUUCCUGGGCUGUAAAUACCCAGUUUUCUACCUUCCCAUAUUGUCAUCUUAGCAGACAAAAUAUCAAAUAUCUGGGGAAUCAACCCCUUGGUUCUGUGGGGUCAGUGUUUGGGGUGUGUCUGUUCUGGCUUCUCUUUGGGCAUCGGGAGGUACGAGGAACGAGUGGCACCUCAGAGGAACGAGUGACACCUCAGCUGUCCCCAGGCAGCCCAACCUGCUCCUGGCAGGUUGUUUCCAUCAUUCUGGAAGUUCAUCAGGAGCCAUUUGCAGCUGGUCAAUGCCUUUUUGGUUUGAGGUGAAUUACCUGUAACGGGACAGGUGCUGAUGUGAUGGUACCGAGAUGAGCGAAUGUGAUCUGGAGUAAGUGAAAGAAUCGGUGGAGGGUGAGUCCUGGAAUUCAGCAGUCCUGGAAUUCUUUCUUUUGGGGGUUUUUCCAUGGUAUGGGAGUUGUCUUUGUCUUUCUGUGUGUGGGCUGCCUUGGAAAUGAAGCCUCAUUUUGGUAGCACUGCAAUGGAGUGGCAGUUCGUUGUGGCCAGGCUGGAGUCACUGCAGUUUGUUCUCUUCCCGUGAAGUGGCUCUGGUGGCACAUCCGAGCUACCUUUUUGUUCUGUGAACAGAGAAGAAGUUAAUUUAAGAAGCUCCUCAUCUGUGAUGGUCACAGAUUGCUUUUACCUUUGUGGAGUGAGUUCUGGGUGAUAAUUUGUCCCUCAUAAACUCCUUUUACUUGAGUUGUUGUCUCUGACCAUCUUCUUAAAACAACAAUUUCUACCUCCACUGCUCUUCUGGAUUGUUUUGGUGUUGGGUUUUUCUUUAGUUCCCCCACCAUUUUUCCUGAAGUAUGAGAUCCCAAACAUUUGCAAAAGCCUUAUGAGUUGAUAAAAAUCAGCAGAUUUGUUUUCUGUUGAUCUUCUGAAUACCCUAUAGACACACGUGUGGUUAUAGCGAAGUCCUGUGCUGGGUGUGAGUCUGAAGUGCACCCUUGCAGCAAUUAAGGAAUCUCAUUAAGAGCCUUCAGGAGGUCAUGGAAAGGGUUUAGACCCCUCUGUGCAUCAUUUGUGGGGCCAUUGCGUGGGCAGAUGGUAGGGCUGGAGCCCAUUCACACAGUGGGAGAUUGCAGGAGCUGGGAUUGUCCAGGCUGGCUCUGGGGACAUCCCAGAUUUUGGGUUUUAACUGUUUUAAUGAAUUAGUUUUAACUUGGGGGUCCAGUGCAGGAUCAGGAGUUGGACUUUGAUGAUCUUUGUGGGUCCCUUCCAACUCAGGAUGUUCUGUGAUUCCAGAGAAGACAGAGCCAGGCUCUUCUCAGAGGUGCCCAGCAAAACCCUGAGGGGCAGAGGACUAGAGCUGCAUGAAGGAAAAUCCCAGAUGAAUUUAAAUAGAAGUGUUUUCAUGCUCAGUGGUAGAAAUGGCCCAGAAAGUCAGUGAAAUUCCCAUCCUUGGGGAUACUCAAAAUUCAACUGGAUGGACAGGGUUGGAUUAGAGACCUCCAGAGGUCUCUUCUGACUGAAAUUAUUCUCUGAUUCUGUGCAAACCUGCUCAGGCUGAGGUGUUCCCUAGUUCUGAUUUGUACAUGUUGACUUGUUUAUAUAAAUUCUGUUAAUUUGUUAAGGAUUUUUUCUGUUUUGCUGUUCAUAAAAAUUGUCUUUUCUAGUUUACUAAUAGAUAGGAGCUUUAUUUGCAGGGUCUGGCUCCAGGCUCCAAUCAAGCCAUAAGUUAGAGAUUUCAUUAAUUAUUUGCUCUGUUUACACAGUUCUUCAGGGAAAUUUGACUUACUCUGUUUGUUUCAUUGCCUAACAUCAGACUGGUAAGUUUUUCAUGUGUUUUGUAACAUUUGUGAUUUGUAGAUCAGUUUUGUUUUCAUUUCUGAAGAUUUAUCUUUGUCUUGCUGCUGUGAGUGCAAGUGAGAAACUCGACAUAGCUGAACCUAAUUCAGGAAAAACUGGGAUUAACUCUAGACCACUGGUGACUACUGUGGUAAAACAGAAAUUUUGGGUCAGUAAAUCACAAAUUGGUGAUUAUUAGGAGCUGAAAGGGUUUGAUUGGGAAAAAGUCAAGUUAUGGUCACUUGGAUCCCCCUUUAUGCUGUUGGCCACUUCUAGGAAAAGCAGUGUGACAGCUGAAAUAGGUUUUAUUUUUCAUACAGAUAAACCCACUAAAAUUGGUGUAAGAAUUUUCCAAACUCAAAAUUGCUGCCUUGAUGCAAGAUGUUGGUUCCCUGUGCAUGAUCCUAACUGGAAUCCAAAGCUGGAAUCAGUCACAUUUUCCUUGGAAAUUACUAAAUUCACUGUGAGACCGUGCCCAUAAUCCUGAGCUGUGAGUGUUCAGCUGGGGAUGGUUUCCAGCCCCUCCCCUACUCUUUUUAAUUUAUCCCUGCUCAUUUUAAUUAAUAUUUAUAAUAAUGUUCCUCCUCCCACUCCAGCUCCAUCAUGGUGCAGCCCCCACUUCCCAGUCCUCAUCAGCUUCUUUCAAACUCAUUGUGGAAUUACCAGCAAAUUUUAGUGGGUUUUGUCAAAAUUUUGCUCUUAUUUUAUCUGAGUUUUCUCACUCAAGUAGCUCUUGCACUCUUUGAAGUUAUUUAACUUGAUAAUAUUAUUUUGAACAAAGUCUUAAGCUUUUAGGCAAUAAUCUUUGGUUUGGUGCAGCUUUUGGCAUUUGGCAGGAGUCUUUGUUGGCAGGAUUGGUCUUAAAUUGUGUUACAUGUCAGUGACCUUAAUAUAUGUUCCUUACAUGGAUUUUGUGUGUUUGUAGCAGCAGUCAGGGGUUGGAUCCCAAUCCCAGCUACUUUAAUGGAGUUUUGUGGAGUUUUCACUGUGAUUCCUUGGAAGGGAAGGUUGAUGGCCUGACCAAAAAAAUACCUUGCAUUUCCCAAGAAGAGUUGAGAUAUUUCAACCUAAAACAUUCCCCCCUGGGCUUUUGAGCAGCUGGGAUAUUUACUCAGGAUAUUGGAUCAGUUAUUGGCCAAAAGGGAUUUGGUACAGCCCUAAAACCUUCAUUUCAGCCUCUCUUUCUGCUGUCAAAUUUAUGGUGUUUAAACUGUCUGCCUAAAGACGUUGCACAUUCAUGAAAACCAGAGGCAUUCUAGAGAUGGCAGCUACAAAUCCAAAUUUAAAAUACACUGAAAUUAUCUUUUCUUCCUUUGUGAGAAAUAUGUUACAACUAGAGGAGCGUGGUUGAGUGUUUUGAGGACUGUCAGUAAGGUGACAGUGAUUUGAUGUUGGGUUUUGUCCAACAAACGUAAAUCAAAUCAGACCAAUGGAAGUUUAUCUCGGUGGCAGCAGUGAGGCAGAGGGAGAAAAAUUGAAACUCUUUUACUGAAGAGUUUGUUGCCAUCCUUGGCCUUAGGUUUUAUCACUUAAAAAUAGCCUGGAAUUGUUUGCUUUGUAGCUUAUAUCAGAAAAUUGUGGAAGGGGUUGAGUGGGAAGAGAUUUUAAAGAGCAUCCAGUCCCACCCAUGCCAUUGGCAGGGUCACCUUGGAGUAUUCCAGGUUGCUCCAAGCCCCAGUGUCCAUCCUGGUCGUGCACACUUCCAGGGAUGGAGCAGCUACAACUGCCAUGGAGCUAGAAAAUAAUUUAUCAUUUGAAACACAGGGGGAAAUUCACAAAACAUUUUAAAGGUCCCUUUUAAUCAGGCUGACGCAGCAAAAGAACCAAAGGGUGUGAUGGCUGCAGCGUGGAGCUCUUUCCCAUUCUUUCAGGGAGGUCUGGAGUGCUCCAGCCAAGAGCUCAAGCAGGAAUGAGCUGAAGCCAUUGAGCUGGAGCGGGCUGGUGAUGGGCCUUUGAUGUUUCUGUAUGUUCAGAGCAUCUCUCCCUCAGCUGCCUUGGCAGAAACCUCCCUCUGCCAUUUAUUCCCUCUCUGCUCAAUGGCAGCGGGUGUGUUCUGCUGAUCAAAACACCCAGCACACUUGUGCUGAAUCCUUUCAGGCUGCAGCCAGGGUAAUUGGGAUGGGCAGGAUAAAUGCAUGGGAGUAUGGCAGUCACAGUGAUGGCAGCUCUUUUCAAUGGCUGGGUGUCCCUGACGGGUAAUUAGCAGCUUUAGAACUGCGGGGAUUGGCAUGGCCGUGAUUAAAAGGAUUUCUGUCUUUUCUGUGAUUGAAAACAGAAGAUCUCCCGCCCCCUAAUUCUCUUUUAAUACCGGUGUUAUUAGUGACACUUGGAACACAGCUCCUCUGUAAACUUAAAUAAUGACCGCAGUGAAUGGUGACUUAGAGCAGCAGGGACUGAACCCAGCUCAGUUUUUCUAUGCAAAGCUGCUCCUCCUGAUUCUGUGUUCCUCCUCCACGUGCGUGUCACUCCCAGUGAGUUUGGGAGACAAAGAGGACAUUUGGUUGUGUGACAGCCUGGGAGCAGAUUGCCCAGGGCCUGGUUUAGCUCUCCUGGCUCAUUUUGGAUGUAAGGAGAUGAAGAGGAUGAGCCAUGAACUCCACAGGAUUCAUCCCGAGUUUUCACCUCCCUGCAGGUGGAGGGUUCCUUGGAGCAGGGAAAUAUCCCUGGCUUUUGGGUGCCACUCCAAAUUCCCAUUCCCUGUUUGGAAGCCCUAUGAGCACUUGUUGCUGUGUUCUCCUCCAGCUCUGCUCUCUCAACUAACACAGUGUAGUGACAGGAGAUAAUUCCCCUUUUUCCUUAAAAAAAAAAAUCUCAAAAUACCCCCCACAGGAGAGCUGGCUGGACACCAUCUUUGCCAUUCACCCAGGAUAUCUGGUGGUGACCCAAAAUAUCAUCAUUUUCCCCGAUCUGUUGCUAGAUUCUCCAAAAGCACCUGCCAUAGGGUGUUUUGUGCCUUUUAAAUGUGUUUUUGUGAGUAUCUUUUGCCCACUGAGCAACUGCAGAGCCUCUGCUCCAUUUUUGCCCUUAAAUUUCUUGACCAGUUUUUUCCAUAGUGCUGUUCUCCACUUACCAGGCAGGUUUCCACAUUUUGUUGGUAUGUAAAGAUGCUUAGAGGGACUCUUGGGUCACAUUUAGUAAAACUAGCAGCUUCCUAUCACCAAAAAAUCCUCGAGAGAAUUUAGGGACUUCCUUAGGCUCUUAUUUAAAUCUUCCAGUUACUUUUCAGCUUCUUUGCACUGAAAUCCGUGUGAAUCCCAGUUCAGAGCAGACCUGUGGCUGUGGGUACUUCAGUUCUUUGAGCACAGUUCCCACCACUGCACUCACAAUAGCAAUGGGAACAACUUCUGUUUUAGAAAAUAUAUUUUUAGAUAUUCACUUGCUGCUGUCACUGGCCUCAAUUCAGCUUCCCGUCCUCCUCUCCCUUCUCCUUAACUAAUUAAAGUCUUCCAUAUUAUGGCAAGAUGGCAUAUGUAGCUUAAAUAACCCACCUCUUUAAUUAAGAGGUUGGAUUCAGCCUUCUGAGAUAUAUUUGACAUCAUUUGAGAUUUAAAAAUACAUUUUACUUACACAGUUUAUCUGUCAGAUCGCUCAAGGAGGGCAAAGAGAUAAUGAAAAUAAAUUAUUAAUUAAUAUUUCUCACCCAGUAUAUUCCAUUAAGAAUAUUAAGCAUUUAUUCCAUUCCUAAAAGUAUAUUUGACUUUGUAUAAUUUUUUUUUAAGUCUGCCUGCUGAUGAAGCUGCUGCUGUCUCUUUUUGACAGGGCUGUAGGGACAGGGUGGGAAAUACCCUUCAGGAGCUAACCAGAGCCAAGAAUUCCAAAUAUCAGCUCAUUGACCAGGUUUCCCAUUUCCUUUAUGCACUGUGAGCAGAUCUUUUCAAGCCCAACACGCCACAGACUGUCCCUGACACAUCCAAGCUGUUCUUACCUUGAAAACGAUUGGUAAAAUUAUGGAGUGAAAACAGCAGCAGGAGCAUCUCCACUUCCAGUGUGUGGGAUAAGUUUGGGUUUGGAAUGGUGAAGGAGUUCAGGGUGUUGCUGGGACAGACCCAGGGGUAUUGCACAGCAUCUGGAACUGCUCCCUGAAAAGGGGAAACACCUGGGGAUCUUUGUUCAUGAGAGAAUUGGGGAAUUGGAGUGCUUUUUGUUCAUUCUCUCACAUAGGUAGUUCAGAGAAUCCUGGAAUGGUUUGGAUGGGGAAGAGCAUUAAAUCCAUCCCACCCCACCCCCUGCCAUGGGCAGGGACACCUCCCACUAUCCCAGGUUGAUCCAAGCCCUGUCCAACUUGUCCUUGGACACUUCCAGGGAUCCAGGGACAGGCACAGCUUCUCUGGGAAUUUCAUCCCAGCCACACCCUCACAACCAAGAAUUCUCAACAGCAUCCCACUCAGCCCUUCCCUCUGGCAGUGUGCAGCCAUUCCCUGUGUCCUGUGCCUCCAUCCCUUGUCCCAAGUCCCUCUCCAGCUCUCCUGGAAUCCUUUGGGGCCCUGGAAGGUGCUGGAAGGUUUCCCUGCAGAGUUCCCUUUCAGUUUAACCAAACAUUCCCACCUUGGCACGCAGGAACAAUUCAAACAGUUCAGUUCAGCACUUCCUUCCUUCAGAGCUCUUUACUUACACAAAUCUUCUUCUGUAGAGCUUUGUAAGUCUCAGUGCUCUUUCUCCGGAGUCAUGGAGAAAAUAAAUACUGUUGAGAUGUGGGAAUGUUUAUAAAUCCAUUGGAUAUAUGUGAUAAAUUUGUAAAGAGCAAUGCAGAAUAGAGAGACAGUUUCAAUUAGGGUUGGGUUUGGUUUUUUAAUUUUUUUUUUUUUUUUGGAUGAAGUAGAUGGAAUAGGGAGUUUGCAUCAGGAUUGUGGGAGGCCACCCAACCUCCAAGGUCUCCUUGUAAGUGACACACUGGUCCCUUCUGGCCUUAAUUGUAAAACUGUGACUCCAAAGAGAUAAAACGUGUCUUUUACUUUUAUAACUUGUUCAGAUUAUUGAAUAGUUUAUAGAGAUUUGAGUUCUGGAGGGGUUUUCUGCAGCAAGAACUUUCCAUCAGAGAACACGUUGUGCCUUAUGUCUCUAACCCCAGUUCCAGUUCCAUACAAUAAAAAUCUUGUACCAUUACCCCAAAAAUUCAGCAUAAAUAGAAUUUGAUCAACUACAACCAUUUCUUCAGGUUGCAGUGCUUCAGCAGCUGAUUUUCACAAAUAACAUUUUCAGAGGGCUUCAAAAAAUCCCACAGCCAGCACAAGCCCUCUUGCUAAACUGGUGUCUCCUAAUUUCCUCCAUGGAGCCUGCAUUCCUUGAAGGAAUUCCUGUGGAGUCUGAGCUCAGCCCUCCUCAACUGCUCUGAGCUGUUUGCUUCCCUCUGAAGUUGAUUCUUAGUACUGAAUUUGGCACAUUAUUUUCCCAGAUUUCAGUGCUUCGUACAGAAAUAAUUUCUUUUUAUCUUUCAUGCAAGCUCCUUCACACCCCGAUAAUCCCAUUUUACCUGGUUUGCCUGUUCUGAAGUGCUCUGACCUGAAGCUGUUGUCCUUGCAGCCUCCAAGUAAGGGAUUUAUCUUGUUCCUACCCUAUAAAAAGCAAUCCAGUGUAGGGCAGAAGCUCCCAAACUUUCUACUCUGGGGUUUCUCGGCUCUCAGACCCUUCUCCCUUCCCUCCUUGCAGUUUGGAUGAUUAGAAAAUCACAGAAAUAGCAAUUUUUAAGUAUAAUUUUUUAUUAUUAUUACUUAGUCUUUUUUUUUUAAUGGGAAGAUUUGUUUACUGGGAAACAUUCCCAUUUCCUUUGGCCUUUUAGAUGGUGCUGUAUCCAUUACUUACUUGAAAUAUAUAUGAAAUAAGUAAGAACAAUUUAAUCUACUUUGGCCUGUUUAAAAAAAUUCAGCUCAUAAGUUCAGCCAGUUUACAGCAGGUUCUUCACUUGCACAAUCCUCUGUGAAAUCAGGUGGUUGGACCAUGGGAGAGGGACAAGGUGGAAAUGUUUUUGUCAUAGAGUCAUGGAAUGGUUUGGCUUGGAAGGGACCUUAAAGCUUAUCCAGUUCCUCCCCCUACCAUGUGCAGGGACACCUUCCCCUAUCCCAGGCUGCUCCAAGCCCUGUCCAGCCUGGCCUUUUCUGUUCCAAUUUAUUUUGCCUUGCUUGUCCUUUGUGUUGGAACCUUAAUUGGAGCAAUUUUCCUGGUUUGGGUGCCUGCUUUUAAUGUGGGUGUUUGGGACAGGAUGCCUGGAUUUGCACAGUUUUCCCAGGAGUCUGCUGCUUCCCUUGGACACUUCAUUUAUCCACGGUUAGGGAUCCCUCAUUGCAGUCAGAGUAGCUUAUUAGUAUUAUUAUUAUUAUCAUUCAUAAGUUGGUUUAGGCUUAAAAAUAGUUGGAAAAUCUUGAAGUCACUUUUCCAAGUGAAAAAUUACAGUGAAAACAGAGUUUGGAUUUUGAGCUUCCCAUCUUCCAGUGUUAUCCACUGAAUUUUCUGGGGGUUUUUUUGGGUUUUUUUUGGGUUUGUUUUUUGGGUUUUUUUUUUUUUGUUGUUUGUUUGUUUUUUUUUUUUUGGCUUCUUUGUGAAUUGGAGUGUCAUCCUGAGCCUUGUGCUGACCUGAAGCUGGUUUUUGGUUGCUGUGGGGUCAGAGCCCUGUUUGGUCUUUGGGAGGGACAGAUUCCCCAUUCUAUCACCCAGUAAAAGGGAAAAAGCCCUUUUCCCUUGCUGUUGGCUCCAGGAAUGUCUUUCUGAAUCUCAUCAAAGCCUCCCUGAUAUUGCUGCUGGAGUUCUGAGUGGUUCUGGGCAGCACUUCUCCCACCAGUGCUGCUGGUUGAGGCUGGGAGAGCCCGGUGAUCCCGUUGGAAGUCAGAUCCUGUGGGAUGACACGAUGCCACCGUGCCACCAUGGGACAGGGAAACCCAGGAGCAUCAGAUUUAAACUCAGUUUAGUUUCACAGCAGUUCUGUGGAAGGGUGACGAGUCAAAGUCAGUUGUGACCAUUUUCCUGACACAAUGCCUUGGCUGUCUUCCUCUUGGUCUUUAUGAUCUUCCCAAACCCGGGAAGCGGGAGAUACGUGCAGUACUUCUUUCAUUUUAGUUUGUUGGUUUUUUUUCUUAGUGUCGAUUUAAAAAGUGCCUAAGUGAGGAACAGGACUCCAGAGUGAGCUGGAGGAAUAGGAUUAGACCUCAUUUCCCUCUUGAGAAAAGAGCCCUCCCUGCAUCCCUCUGCAUAUCCCUCCAAUGAGUCCGGCUGGAAAAACUCCCCAUUCUUUCCUCGUGCUGCCCCCCUUGGUUCUCAGUCUUCUGGGAGGGGGAUCUCGUUCCUCAGCCGAACGUUUGCAGUCUCUGAUCUGGGGUGGAUGGCAAAGAGGAUGGAAUUCAGAAGGAAACUGCCUCUUGGAUUGCAGAUACAAAGAGCUCUGUGUGAUAAAACGCCCACCUUUGGAAAACCAGAUCUGGGUGGAAACAGCUGAUGUGCUUCUUUAAUCACCUCUUUUGGAAUCACAGAAUGGUUUAAAAUCAUCCAGCCAUGGGCAGGGACAUCUCCCACUAUCCCAGGUUGCUCCAAGUCCCAUCCAACCUGGCCUGGAACAUUUCCAGGGAUGGGGCAGCCAGAACCUCUCUGGAAUCCCAAAGGCAGUUUCUUCCUAUAUUCUUAAUUAUUUCUAGGUUUGUCAUAGUAGAACCUGCUAAACAUUUUGUCCAAAUAACCCUAAACUAUCAGCAGGUGGUUAUAAUUUUGUAAAGGUGAGAAUUUUAUGUGGAUUUAAAGAAUAAAAGUAUCAGUGGUAGAUUAUAAUAUUUCAUUAAAAGAGGAUUUCUUCUGACCACAGUGAGAGGAGGUAACAAACACUAUGAAGGAGUUUUAGUACCACUUAAGGGUUCAGCAAAUAAAAGCAAGCCGUGUGUAGAUGUUUUAUUUUUCAUUAGCAACAAAAUGUUUUCACUCUGAGGUGGGAAGGCCUGGGAAGGGACUGUUGGCAAGGAAAGCUUUGAGGACAUCUCUGCAGAGGGCAGACACUCAGCCUCUGGGGAGGGGAUGGGUGCUGAUAGAAGCAGUGAUCCUGUGGGAAUCCAUUGCUGAUGGAAAUCAGGAGAUUCCUGAUGGAAAUCCACUGUUCGUGGAGCCUGUGGCACGCACGGACCUUGGCCCUGCUCCGAGAUGCCUUUUGGAAGUGUGACAAGUGACAAAUGGCUGUCCUGGCAGCGGAUGGGUGCUGCAGUUGCAAACCCACGAGCGAGGGCACGGUGGAACAGCCUCGGAGCCACAUGGAAACAACAAAACCCCAACCAAGGCCGGGGAGGUUCCUCACAUCCCAAUUCUCUGUGUCUCCACUUUGUCCCACCGUGACCUCGACCCGGGGCCAGCUCCACUUCUCCUGCCUGGGCCGUGCUGGGAUGGCUCCAGCUGCCUCCUGUCACUGUCACCAGAUAAAUCAGUGACACCCAGGACCCCAUCCCUGCCCUGGCCUCUCCCACCCAGCUGCUGCUUCGCCCCAGCUGGGCCGUGUCUCAUCUGCUGUAGGUUCCUGCCUACCUCAAGGGGUAACCAUGGGAUCCUGGAGUGGUGUGGUCACCCUCUGGUCGGUUUUCCAUGAGCACUAGCGCACACUCACACACACUCACACACACACUGGAAUGUAUAUUCUCCUCCCCCCUAGCCCCCAAAUAACCUCUUGACCUGAUCCUUGCUGUAGCCACCACCAACUCCUCUUGCAAAUUGGAUGCUGCUUUAAAUGUGAAAACAAAUGUUCAAGAAGCUAUAAAACCUGAAUGAAAGCUAAAGCUGAAUUUAUAAAGCCUUGUUGCAUAUGAGCCAAAAGUGCAAAAAGCUCUAUAUAAUGAACUAACCUGCCACUCAUAUAAAUAUAAAUAUAUAUAAAUAUAUUAAAAUCAGACUGUUCUACAAAAUUGUGUAUUUGUAUUUUUGUGUACGUACAAUUUUCUGCUAAGCAGAAGGAGGAUGUAGUAUAGGAUGAUGUGAGAAGAGAUUUUGUUUAAUCAUAUUUCUUUGUUACUUAUUUUUGUUAACAUCCAGAUGCCUGUCUUUGUCUUAUGUGUAUGACACUGUUCCAAAGGUGCAGUAUCCCUCUCCUGCCGCGCGUCCAACCUCCUUCCUCCACAGGGAACGAGUCAGGUGAUGCCCCCUCAUCAUCAUCAUCAUCAUCCUCAUCCCCUUCGGAUCCACCCUGAUCUUGAUCUUAAGGGCUGCUCCUUCAGCUGAAAGACGAGAUGCUUCAUUUCCCAGCGUGGUGAAGUUGAAUAUUCAUGUUCUGGUUGCACGUAGUUGUUCCCUAAACACGUUUCCAUGCUCUGCUGCUGCUCCUCAGCCUGACAUUUUGGGGGGAAAAAUCGGAUUGGAUAGGUUGGGAGGGAGGAUGAGCAGAUCCUCGUGGUGGGAAGUUGCUGAUGGAGAAGAAAGUGCCGGGGUGGUCCCGGGGUGAACCUUGGUCACCCCCCACGGGGGAUGGAGGAACCUCGUGGUCCCCAUGCUGGCUGCUCUCGGGGGGCUUGGCUGUCAGGAAGGAAGGCUGGGGAGGUGAUGGGUUAUAAAACUCUCCCUGUGCCCCCUCAGGAACAUCCACCCCUGCACCCUGGUGGCUUUGGGGCACUUUGGCUCUUUGCUUUGGGAGGGUUGGAGCAGCCUGGAGAGGUGUCCAUCUGUUCAUGCCAGAUCCCCUUGCAGUGAAGGCACUGAGUGGUGAGAAGAACAUUCCAAACUCUUCUCCCAGUCACUGCCUUUAUCUGUGAGGUGCUGGUGGCUCCCUGCCAGGAGGAAAGGAACAGUGUAGGAAACCUGGGAACCCUUGGUGUGCUUGGGAAUCAUUAUUUAUCCAUCACAGAGAACUGUCCAGGGAAACAAAGGGCCAAAGGAGACGGGAUAGAACAGAUCUAGUGGAGUAUCACCUUCAGUCCCACCACAGCCCCUUGAGGAAACUGGUCCAGCCUCCAUCCCAAAUGCAGGUGAGGGUCAAUGUCCAUCACACCUUCCCCUGGCAGCAGCUGCUGUAAAAUGAACCAUCAACCUCUCCCCUUGUUCCGUUUUUUUUUUUUAAUUUAAUCCCUGUCUUUGUCAGAGCCGACCCGCGGCCGGGGGGAGAGCGAUACUGCACCUUUCUACGUAGGGCUCAUAUUUAUAACAAUGUGUAAUGACUGUAGCAAAGUCCUUGUUUCUGUAUGUGAAUGGACAGAGAAACAAGUGCUCUAUUGUAUUGAUUAAAAUAGUUCAAAUGAGUCCUGUAUCAUUGUAUCUCCUAUUCUGGAUUAGUGCCUUUUGGACAGUAGACUGUUCUGUAAUUAAAAUGUAGUAUAACUGCUUUUUUGUACAGUUUUGUUUUAAUAAAACUUUUUUUUAAUUUGUGUUUAUUUUAGUAUUGUACCUAUUAGAAAAUAAAAAUGUAUAACUCAA